AGAGGAACACAUGUUCUGGGAAUUGAUGGGUAUAUGCUUUUCCUGCAGGAGACCCACCAGUGGCAGGUUGAAUAGUAAAAUCUCUGAGCAUAUCUCGGCCUCCGUAACUCCUCUCCAUGUUUGUCUGGAGGAACAAAGAGGACCAGAACUGGGCUCGUGUGACGCUUCACAAGCUCACAAGCCUCAGGUUACAAGAACCUUUGAGAAUCAAAAGGCAGAAGAAGAGGUUCCCGAGGAGGUGGCAGAAGAUAGUUCGAUCGAAGUUGAGGCAGGAGAAUUAAGACAAAGCCAGCCGAGUAUGGCCAAUACCAUCAGCAACAUGAAAAUGACAAAUCCCAUAAAGGGGCUCGUUAGCAAACGACGCAAACGUUUCACAGAAGAUGGUUUUAAUCUUGAUCUCACAUGUAUCCUUAGUAGCUACUUAUGCGUUGACGAUCACAAUCCGCCGAAAUUGGAACAGAUUAAGCCUUUCUGCGAGGACGUGCAGUCGUGGUUGUCCCAAGAUGAGAACAAUGUGGCGGUAGUUCAUUGCAAAGCGGGCAAAGGUCGAACGGGUGUAAUGGUGUGCUGCUAUUUACUUCACAGCAAACUAUGUCUCACUGCCAUGGCAGCCCUUGAUUAUUAUGGAAGUAAACGGACUCAUGAUAGGAAAGGCGUAACAAUACCGUCUCAGAGAAGAUAUGUGGAUUAUUAUGCUACUCUCCUUCAAGAAGGUGUGACUUAUGAACCUGUGACGGUAUUAUUGCAUAAAAUACAAUUAGAUCCAGCCCCUAUUUUCAAUGGCGGUCAAGGCUGUCUGCAUUUUGUAAUUUCGGAAUCAAAUAAAAGGAUAUUUGCGGAUGAUUACGAGGUUCGGAAAGGUACGUCUACUGUAUGCAUCUCACUGAAACACACUGUCCCUCUGACGGGAGAUAUACGGGUGGAAUUCUACAACAGACCGAAAAUGAAACCAAAGGAGACAAUGUUUCAGUUUUGGUUCAACACAUUUUUUGUUCGUGAAAAAAUGAAUUCCGAGUUCGACAACGGUGAAUUACACGUUGAACGAUCGACGAGGGCAUUUAGUUGCGACGGUAGAGCCAUGGAAUUACCGAUGGUUAUGUCGCAUGUGAAACCUAGAACUGGAUCGUUGGCGAGUCUCGGUCCCAUGCCACCUCCCCUCGUUUUACAGAUAGACAAAUCGGGAUUGGACAAGGCACACAAGGAUAAAAAUCAUAAGCUAUACAGUCCAGAUUUUAAAGUAAGUCUAUUUAUGCAUAGCGUGGACGGAAAUUUAUCGUCAGAUGUGCCAGCGACGACGAACAGAGGCGGCGAUGGCGUACAGCUGGGGAUGGGCGGGCAGGAGACGCCGAGCGAGUCGAGCGAGGCGGACAGCAGCGAGUGUGACACCACCGGCGAUGAGGAUGGUUGGGAAUCCGUGGACUUGGACCAGCGCGUCGGCCGGUACCGUCUUCUGUCGGAUGGAGGGAUGAUAGAUCUUUUGUGAGCCCGUCGCCAAUCACCCCUAAUCAUCUUUCGACUUCAUUAAUAUUUAAUAACUUUUCAGCCACACAUACACACAUUUACACACGAAUGCGGACGUUGUGUUACGCGUCACGAAACCGACACCGCGUCAGAAAAACUACAUUUCUACGCGUUCACCAUUUACGUUUAAGAUUUUGUACUUGAGUUAGUGUCUUGUAGGGCCAGAGAGAAAAUAAGCCAACGUGAUUUUUUUCUAUAAAAAAAGGAAAAGAAAAAAGAUAUAUCGAGAAUUCGCUUUCUUGCCUUUCUUACGAUUUAAUGACGAUAAUGAUUUUACACGAUUUACACACGCGAUAAAGAAGCAUAGAGAUUAGGUUUGCGAGUGAUUAUUGUUAUGAAUGCAUGAUAUGGGAUAUGAGUGAAGAGAAAAAAGAUAGGGGGGAAAAUAUGGGAGAAAAAAAUGAGUAAGAAAGAGAGCGUGCGAGGGAGGCCGAAUGAUUGGAACGAAAGUAUUUAUUAUCCGUAAGAAUCUAAUCAAAAUUAACGUAUUCACAGAUUUACUAACAAUAUAUUAUUUAUAAUAAGCACAUUUAUUUGGGCUCUUUUUUUUGUUUUCCAAGUGAUACCGUUUGUAAACACGUUGAACUCCCUUCAUUCUGCAUGGCAUAUUAUGUUUUUCAUAUAAUAAUUGAUACAUAGACAAUUUUUGUCAUGUUCAAAGAAUUUAUCUUCUUAUUUAUUUUAAAUGUUUACGAAAAAUGUGUAAAAAAAUGUGUUGAAAAAUAAUG